ACCUGUGGGAGAGAUGGCAUCACGGGAGACCUUUCAGGACUGUAAUUCAUCCAAAGAGGACAGUCACCGUGCGGCCUCAGCAGAAGAGACAGAGGAGGAAAAGUCGCCUCCAGCGGUGCGUCGACAUCAUCCAUUCAGCGUGGAGGCGCUAAUGUCCGGCAGGAAAACGACGGACAGAAGCGCCAGAGAGUUUACCGCCGUAAAGCCCACGUUUUCUCCGCCAGGUUUGAACUCCGAGUAUCUGUGCCGGGAGUCAAGCAGUUCUCCAGGGGGAUGCAGAAAGAGUUCACCCCCAGCGCCUUUGUCGCCGGUAAAAUCGGAGGCGUCAGAGACGGAGGAGUGCGCGCCCUGGGCCACCAACAGUGUAUUUCCCACUCAGUCCCGUCAUAUCAAUCCUGGCUGUCAGUUACGAAAACACAAGACCAACCGGAAACCCCGCACUCCCUUCACCACGUCGCAGCUGCUGGCCCUGGAGAGGAAGUUCAGACAGAAGCAGUACCUGUCCAUCGCAGAGAGGGCAGAGUUUUCAUCCUCCUUAACCCUGACAGAGACCCAGGUCAAAAUCUGGUUUCAAAACCGGCGGGCCAAAGCCAAGAGGCUCCAGGAGGCUGAGCUGGAGAAGCUCAAGAUGGCCUCUGACGCCAAGACGGUGGCGGUGGCGGCGGCGGCUGCUGCGGGAGCGCUGCAUCCUGGCUUCACAUUACCCCUGUCUUUAAGUGCCAUGUCGAUGUACGGACAGUCUUACUCUGCCUACCAUCACCACCACAGAUCCAUGCUGCCCAUCUCACCGCUAGGACUCUAUGCUGCCCCUCUGGGCUACGGCAUGUACCACCUAUCUUAAAAACAAAACAAAACAAACAAACAACGGAAAUAUCUUUGACUGUGAUCGACUGCAUUUUGGACACAACGGAUGUGUGACAGACAUUUAGGGAAACAAAACAGUGUUCCUAAUAUUUAUGCAGCACAAGAAGAGCUUAUUGAACUCUUAGAGCACUUCAUAUGAAAAACUCUUUACUCUUGUCCAGCAAGGAUACGUGAUUUGUCCUGUUGAUAUUUUGGACUGCCCGUUAACACAGCUUCCACUUAGGAAGGAAGCGGGUUCUUCUGCCAACUGUGUACGUUCCACUCGUUUACUUCACCAAUAAUUAACGCUGGAUGAGCACUUGCACUGGGCACGGUAACAGAGACCACAGCUCUUCCCAAAAGCACAUUUAUUCAAGUCAUUACGUACAGUGCCUUGUGUUGAAGAAGGCCUCAGGCCUACAGGAUAGGUGUGUUAUUGUAUCAGCAACUCAGGCUAAAGAAAACAGCAUUGUAGCAUUUUUUUUACCAAAGUAUCUGUUUGUUUGCCCAAAUUGCACUAAGUUACCACUUAGUACACGUUUAUUCCCUCAGCAAUAAAACCCUACCGCUUUUCCUGUCUUAACCCUAGACGUGUAUAACCUCUAUUUUUCAAAACACAGAGCUGGAAAUGUAUGAUUGCCUAAUGUUUUGUAUUUAUAAUAUAAUGUGGUACAGAAUGUCUGACCAGGAAUUGUAUUUAUAUUGCCCCCCCACCCCACCCUCAAGUCCCUUUGAAAGGGCCUACAUUGUGCUAUGCAGUUUUUCCACAAAGUUUCAUCCUUCAAAUGUACAAAAAAAAAAAGUUUAAUUCUCUGUACAAAAUAAAGAAGCAAUAUUCAAGACCAAAUUUGUUUUUUAAAAACCUACCAUAUUCUGAGUACUUUCUUUUGGAACCAUGUAGCAGUUCCACUGUUUUCAUUGUGUUCUUUCCCAGCAGGCUUUGUGUGUGGUUUGUGUUUCCCAUCAGGCAGUGGUCAGUUCAAGGUAAUUUUUGACAAAGUAUAAAUGGCAUCCAUAAAUUAGCCAACUUCACACACAGUUUCCUAUUUUACGGCGCUGCUGUUUCUUUUUGUUAUGCUUUGGUAAUUACGUGGUUUGUGUUGGCCUGACAUCUGUUGUCCCAGUGAGGGUUACGUUUAAUUUGAAACUAACCUUUAAGUUGAUUUUUUUUUAAAUUUUCUGUUAUUAAUAUACGUUUACAUUGGAGGAAGGUACCAACCCUCCUCUCAUACCACGUCAGUCGA